AACAGGUUACUUUGUUACUUUGAUCUGGCGAGCUGUCCAAACAAAGAAAAUAUAGGGCAAAUGAUGGCGACACUUUGCUGAUGGUACUUUUAUUUUGAAAAGCAAUAGCCCCGUACCCGGAAGCAUUGUUGCGAGAGCGAUCUGUUGUCAAAGGUCUGUGAAAUCGUGAGUUUACCUGGAAAACGCUUUUGCAAGUUCUCCCACUGGAAAGCGACAUCUGCAAUUUUGCACGAACAGAAAGGUGAUGCUGACGAAUGCUCUCAGGUGCCUUUUGAGAAACCCCGUCGCUGGGAGAAGGAACAUGUCUCACAGCAGCCUCGCAGGAAAGGUUGCCAUAGUCACUGCCUCUACAGAUGGCAUUGGUCUGGCCGCAGCCCAGGCGCUGGGGAAGAGAGGAGCCCACGUGGUGGUGAGCAGCCGGCGGCAGGCCAACGUGGACAAGGCCGUGGCGCUGCUGAAGAGCCAGAGCAUACAGGUGACUGGGACCACCUGCAACGUUGGCUCAGGGGAAGACAGAGAAAAACUGGUAAAAAUGACUCUGGAUCAAUGUGGUGGAGUCGACAUCCUGGUGUCCAACGCAGCAGUCAAUCCGUUCUUUGGAAACAUCAUGGACUCCACCGAGGCCGUCUGGGACAAGAUUCUGGAUGUAAAUGUGAAAUCAGCCUUCCUUUUGACCAAACUGGUGGUGCCUCACAUGACGAAAAGAGGAGGGGGAAAUGUAGUGUUUGUGUCUUCUGUGGCUGGGUACCAACCAAUGCAGGCUUUGGGUCCUUACAGUGUGAGUAAGACGGCCUUGCUGGGGCUGACCCGGGCGCUGGCCCCUGAGCUGGCUCACAGUAACAUAAGAGUCAACUGUGUGGCUCCUGGAGUGAUCAAGACCCGCUUCAGCUCUGCGCUAUGGCAAAGUGAAGAAAUUGCAGAAGAGUUCAAGAAACAACUCAGCAUCAAAAGACUUGGAGAGCCAGAAGACAUCGGUGGAGUGAUCGCUUUCUUGUGCUCGGAGGAGGCUUCCUACAUCACUGGAGAGACCAUCACAGUUACUGGAGGGAUGAGCUGUAGACUCUGAAACUCCACUGGCUUCAAAAUGAACAGCAUUUGCACUUAAUGAAGUGUGUUUCCAUGCAGAUUAAUAUUUUGAUUACUGACUGAUAGAUGUAAACACCUUACUUUUCUCUCUCAAGGGUAAUACUUGUGAUAUUAUUUAAAUUUGUGAUCAAGAUAUGAGGACGCUCAUAAAACAGCUUAUCCUGAGUAAUAACACACCGUACGCACAUACUUCACACACCUUUUCUUAGAUUAUCUCAGGCAUUUUCUGAGGAUGACAUCAAAUUGUUUUCACAGGUGUCGGUUGAGCAGUUGAGGGGAAAACAUUUUUAAAGGUGUGUACAGUUGUUUAUGUGCAGCAGAUUAGGUUCAUGUGUCCAAAUGGUAGCAUUUCAAACAGUGUGUGUGUGUGUAUGUGUGUGUGCGUGUGUGUGCUGAAUGUCUGUAAUCUCAUUCCAGAGCACACAGCUGACUUUGAUGUAAUCAUCAGGUUUUUUGGGUGGCACAAAUGAGUGUCUUGUCUUUCUUUCCUCAAUCCCAACCAGAUUGUAUUUAUAUACCAACGAUACUACUGAGGAUGGCUUUAUAAUUGUUGUUUGUUUGUUGUUUGUUCAGAUAUGUUUGAAUUUAGGUUUGUUUGCACUGACAGGUUGGGAAGCCUGAAGUACAACAAACAAACCUACAAUGUGUAUUAAAAUCGGAGUGAGUUCCCUUC